UCAACUACCUAGCAAUGGAGAUAAACCAAACGGACAUACCGCAGUCGGACAUCGAUGACGCGAUGGUGAUCGAUGUAGGAAAGUACACUACAGUCAGAUUGGAUUUUAUCAACGACCAAUAUAUGAAGUUCGAUGACCCGUUCAACGAGAAAUGGAACGCCCAGCCGAAUAGAUGUUUUGAUGAUUACACGAAAUGUUUGGUUAGUCAAGAUAAUCCGACGCCCGUUUGUGGUUUCAAUCGCCCUACGGACGUCGAGGAGUACGAGGGGUACAGAACCUUCAAUAGCUACUGUGACGCAUACUUCGACAACUGCCGGAAGGGCUACCGCUACUGGAGAAUUUUGGAUACAGGCAGAUGCGACUUUAAAUACCGAGAUCACAGAGAUGGAAUUACCGAGACGCUUCGAAGAUUGUGGGACGUCGCAUUGGAGGAUAAAAAUAAUAAUUUUGAAACUGAAAAUUUUGAUCAAAAAGUUUAA